GGCUAGUCUGGGGCUCCCUGAUCCUUGGUCUGGCUCCUAGCGGCGUCCAGCAGUAAAGGCGACAGGGUCUGGCGGUCGGGCUCUGUUCUUCCCUUUCUUCCUUGCUACUCUUGGGCUAGCCCCCAAGAUCCAGGAAUUGGCCAGAGGGACCUAAACCGCGGCGCUAGGAUGGGAAACAGUGCGCUCCGCGCUCACGUAGAAACCGCGCAGAAAACUGGUGUCUUUCAGCUUAAGGACCGUGGGCUGACCGAGUUCCCCUCAGAGUUGCAGAAGCUGACAAGCAAUCUCAGGACCAUCGACUUGUCCAACAACAAGAUCGAGAGCCUACCGCCUAUGAUUAUAGGGAAGUUCACUCUGCUGAAGAGCCUCUCCUUGAACAACAACAAAUUGACUGUUCUUCCCGAUGAGUUAUGCAGUCUGAAAAAACUAGAUACUCUAAGCCUAAACAACAAUCACUUGAGAGAGCUGCCAUCUACCUUUGGGCAACUGUCUGCCCUCAAGACCCUGAGCCUCUCUGGGAAUCAGCUUCAAGCGCUACCACCCCAACUUUGUAACUUACGGCACCUGGAUGUAGUGGAUCUCUCCAAGAACCAGAUUCGGAGCAUACCUGACAUAGUGGGGGAGCUGCAGGUUAUUGAACUCAACCUCAACCAGAACCAGAUAUCUCAGAUUUCAGUAAGGAUAUCUUGCUGUCCUCAUCUUAAAGUUCUUCGCCUGGAAGAGAACUGUCUUGAGCUCAGCAUGCUUCCACAGAGCAUCCUCAGUGAUUCCCAGAUCUGUCUGCUCGCUGUGGAAGGCAACCUUUUUGAAAUAAAGAAACUUCGAGAACUGGAAGGAUAUGAUAAGUACAUGGAGAGGUUCACAGCCACCAAGAAGAAGUUUGCAUGAUGUUCUCCAGGAACAUGAGAUCCUUAAACACUGACUUGGAACCUGUUGCAACCUGGGUGAAUCAAAGGCUCCUGUUGUCAAAGAUAUCUGCAGUUCAGGAGAUUGUAUUUUACUCAAUGAUCUUUUUCCUUUCUAGGGCUCAUCUCAAAUAAGCUAAAAGGAAUCAAGAGACAAGUCUUCCAUUUUGAGUCAUGGAUAGGGCAAAGGACAAUGCUGAUCUUCAAAACCAUCAUUAGUUUGGCUUUAAGAAACCAGGAGCUAGUUACUAUUUAUAAAGUGAAGGUAUGCUGCCUGGUAACAGAGUCACUCUACAUCAUAGCUUGAGAUGUCAUGUUUAGUUUAAGUUUAUGAGCUUUCAUAAAGUCAGUUGCCAUUCCACCUGUUUGACAUUUCCUAUUUUUAUGAAAUUAAAAUGACUUUUGAGUCUGCUACGCUUAAUCUAAGGAUUUAUUUUAUUCCAGUCCAUCAAUUCAAUUGCAAUGUUUAUAUUUGGAAUUUAGAUGUAAAUAUGUGACUGUCUUGAUUAAAAGUUACUUUGUCUGAGAAGCACCAACACAACACUAAGAAUCUUCCCCAAGGCUGCAGUAACGAAGCUUUUACUAUUGCAGGUGCCUUACUAGUAUGGACUCUGAUGAGCUAAAACCUGUAUAUGCAAAACUUGUAAGAUACAAGGGGUUUUAAUAAUCAAGAUUCUCCUGAAGCUUUGUUAGAAAUAAUGUUUUAUUUAUGGUAAUCUUUUUCCCUUUUUGUAUUUAUAACUCUACUAAUCAAAUCAAAUAACAAAAAAUUACUGCUACAAUAUUUUAAAACAGCAUGUUUAUCAAGUUUACUCUCUGAAUGAGAAUAUACUAAAUAAAGAAUUUUUAAUGAA